AUGCUUCAACAGCGGCGCGGAGGGGCCAUGAAGCGUUUCGACGAAUACUAUCGAUGCUAUCCUACGGUUAUGCUCCCUGGUCCUAACCGCGAUAACCUCAACUAUGGUGGCAAGAUCAUCAUGCCGCCUUCGGCUUUGGAGAAGCUCACACGGUUACAUAUCACGUAUCCUAUGCUUUUCGAGCUUUUAAAUGGACAAGAGGGGAGACAUACGCACGCCGGUGUGUUGGAAUUCAUUGCUGCGGAAGGCAGAGUCUACAUUCCAAGAUGGAUGAUGAAGACGCUCAAGCUCGACGACGGCGACAUGAUUCAAAUCAAAUCUACCGAUCUUGCGCCAGCAACAUUUGUCAAGCUACAACCGCAAAAUAAGAACUUCCUCGAUAUUUCAGAUCCUAAAGCUGUACUAGAAAAGGCUUUCCGGGAUUUUGCGACGGUUACCAAAGGCGAUAUCUUCAGUUUUACAUACAACGAUACUGUCUACGAUAUUGCAGUUAUCGAGACGAAGCCCAAGAGCGAUAAGAUGGGGGUCAGCAUGUUAGAGACCGAUGUUGAAGUGGAUUUCGCUCCACCUGUUGGAUAUGUUGAACCUACAUCAACGCGUGGCAGUGGGACGAGUACACCACGAAGUGGGCAUGUCCUUCCAGCGGGAGGAAUGUUGCAUAAUCAAGGAACCAUGGCUCAAUCUAUAAACUAUGAUACUAUCAAGCCGUCCUCCGCAGCAGCUCUAGCAGGUGCUAAAGCUACAUCCUCACAUUUCCUCACAGGGGGCCAGAAGCUUAAUGCAAAGAAGGGUGCAAAAACACCGACUCCUAAAGCUUCCACGCCUGUUGCUGGCACCUCCACCAACCUUCCUACCCCAGCUACACGAAUGACGAACGGUCCGCAGCCUUUGAGACUGGCACCUAACAAGCUAUUCUUCGGUUACGAUGUGAUACCACUUAAAACGCAGGCAGAUAAGGAUAAAGAAAAUGCGAAUGCAGCUCAACCUCACUUCGCGGGUCAGGGUAGCACACUUCGAAGUGGCCCCGUGAAAGCAAAACCAGAGCCUGAGAAGCAAGCCGAGCCUGACAGGAAGCCAGACCCUAGUGUGGGACGUCGACUGGAUGGCAAGAAGGCCUGA